UGCGCUGAAUGGAAGUGAAAUCAAUGUAUUUAGUUAUUAAUUUGAGUUUUAUGUGAAAAUAAAUAAAAAACUUUGUAAUUUAAAUACUACUAAGAACAUCGAAGGCUUAGAAAUAAAGAUCAAGUCCAAGGAGUACUCAAAACAAUUAUAAAAACUGAAUAACACAUGUGGCUUCUAUAUUAUCUCGCUCUCAUAUUUGUUUGUUAUCGUUGAAAGCUUUUUAAUUAAGAGAGCGGGACUCUCUUUGGUUGAUCUCUUCAGAUCUCCUUAUGUUUGCAUUUAUCAAUAAAGCAAAGAAAGCCAAGAGCAUGAAUUAGUGAAAGAAUAACUCUUGAGAAGGAAGGAACCCACUAAAGUUCCUGGAGACUGGAAUUUGUUGUUCCCAAAAUAAGUAAAUAUCUGUCACAAUCUAGAAGGAAUGGGAACUUUAUCACUGAGCGAUUUUGAGCAAGUCAAGAUUCCUGUACCCUGGGGUCACAUCUCGGGCCGUUGGGCCGUUCCAACUGUGAUGAAAGAGUACGGAUGGACGAAGGUCUCCCUGAUCGGUCACUCCUUGGGUGGCUUUCUAUGCUUCCUCUAUGCAUCCCUUGCCCCUCAUACCGUGGACAUGAUAAUUUCCCUGGAUAUUUUGCUGCCUUUGAGGAAUAAUAUCGAAUACAUGGCACUGAGUAUUGAGAAGCAGCUGGUGGAAGUCGAACGUCAGAAGGAGGGAAAUUAUAGUGAACCGCCUUCAUACACCACCGCGGAGCUGGAAAAAGUCCUGGCCAAGGGAAGCUAUAACUCUGUGUUCCCUGAGCUGGCCAAGCACUUGCUCCACCGCCAGCUGACCAAGUCGAAACAGUAUCCUGAGAGAUUCUACUUUUCCAGGGACGCUCGCGUGAAAAACUAUCACUACAUGGACAUUGAUCAAGGUCUAGGAAGGGAGAUGGCGAGGCAACUGAAAAAAAAACCCUUUCUCAUUAUCAAGGGUUCACGGUCACCAUUUUUGACGCUCAGGAGUAACGAGGCAAUCUGUAUUAUGGCCAAGGACAAUCCGCAUUUCGAGCUCCACGAGGUGGAAGGCGGCACCCAUCAUUUGCAUCUUCAUGCAGCCGAGGAGUGCGCCCGGUAUAUAGUGCCUUUCAUCCAGCAUCAUCGACCUCCAGCCCUCACUUCCUGGGGACUUACUGGAAAGGAAGAUCAACUUGCCGCCAAGGAAUACAAAAGUCAACAAAGGCGGCUCUUUAGUUGGGGCAAGAAAAAGCGCAGCAAAUUGUGAAAUACCAAAAGUACAAAGUUCAAGUGAUUUAGAACAAUUGUUAAAGGAUUUUUAUUCAUCAUUGAUAAAUGAUUCAAGUGUGAAAAGUAUUUAAAAAUAUCAAUUAAGUGAACAUAAGCAAACACUUGAUCACUCCGAUAUAACAAUUUUUUGUUUUUACCAAAAACUAAACUCGUAUAAUGUUAUAAAUAUUUAGAAAUACAAAUUGUAAAUAA